AUGCAGUUCGUGGACGCGUGCUUCUCGAUUACUCCGCUCAGCGGACGAGUGUGGGCGCAUUCGGAAGUAGACGUCGUGGUGUGCUUUACGCCUGAGGUCGCUCAUUUGUACUCCUGCUGCGCAUUUCUGGAGAUCGCGGGUCAGGCAGCUCGGCUCCCGCUUCAGCUUCGAGGACAAGGGAUUGGCCCUAAGGCGAAGGUGGUGUACAACGAGCUCCUGGAUUUCGGCGACGUGUUCAUCAACGACGAGCGCACGCGUGACUUCACGAUUCAAAACAAAGGCGAGAUCCCGGCUGAGUUCGAGCUCAUCCCGUUGUCGAUGCCUGUGGGCACAACACUGAGCGUACAUCCAAGCCAUGGGACGCUGGCCGUGAACGCGAUGCUCAAGAUCGAGGUGACGUUCUUCUCACAGGAGCUGGGGGAAGCGUUUCACCACAUUCGCUUCAGUAUGCAGGGCUCGGACGAGCAGCUGACGGUGCGGUUCAAGGCCAACGUGAUCCCCCCAGUGUUCCACUUCGACGUCGACCAAGUGGACUUUGGCGCCGUGUCGUACUCGUUCCCGCAGACUCGGACGGUCAAGCUGAUCAACGCGUCCAAGAUUGCAAUGAAGUACUCGCUUCGAAUCCCGGAAGAAGCCAGCUACAAGCAAAAGGAACUUGAGCUCGUUCCCUCUGACGGCAAGCUGGACUCCUACGGGGAGCAGCAGAUCACGAUCCGAUUCACGUCUCACAACGUCAAGACGUAUCAAUAUCAACUCGUUGUCGGCGUCACUGGUGUUGGGGCCGACUUGCUGAGUAUUCCAGUGCGAGCCCAGUGUUUUGUCCCAGAGCUUACUAUCCUACGACACGAGCUGGAUUUCGGUCGAUGUUUCUUGCGCUACCCGCACAAGCAAAUGCUGGAGCUGGAGAACAAGUCGACCCAUCUGUAUGGACGCUUUGAAAUUGGCGAGCAGGACGAUCAUUCACGAGCUAUCGCCACGUACAGUGCCAGCGAGUUUGCCGGCAGCGUGGGACCUGGAGAGCGUGUGUCUGUUGAGAUCGCCUUGUCCUGCGAGAAGCUUGGUAGCAUUCGCCUUCCGAUGGUGGUGACUGUCCCGGGAAGCACCGACCUCCCGUUGUCCGUGACGCUCAGCGCCACUGGCUCGGGGCCCAAAGUGGAGCUGGAUCAGCCGGAGAUCAACUGGGGGAACUGUACAUGCUUGGUGAACCACGAACGAGUCCUGCGCAUGACCAAUGUCUCCUUGAUCCCGGCAUCGUACAAAACGUUUAUCCGUAACGCACGCUCCAAGUUUCAGAUCGACCGAAAAGAAGGGAUGCUCAUGGCUGGCGAGAGCAUGGAAUUUGUGCUGGUCGCGAACCUGGACGAUACGGUGGUGUUCAAGGACCAGCUGCAUAUUCUGAUCACGGAGGGGGAGAACCUGGUAGUGCCGCUGUCGAUUCGAGGAACGGGAACAACCAUGUGGUCGCCCAGUGAGCUCCGAGUGAUCGACUUCAGCCAUCAGAUGACCAGCAAAGAGUGCGAAUGGAGUUGCACUCUGGAAAAUAAGGGCAAACGGGUGCAGGUUCUCACGUGGGUCAACAAGACCGUCGCCAAUGCCAACAGCAAGAUCAGUUCCGCAGACCAAGGGGGUUCAUCGAAGAAAGGGUCGAAAGUUGGCCUGGACAGCCGAUCAACCGCCAAGACUAACAAGUCUGGCAGCAGCAACAGGAGCGGGAGUGGUGCUACUGCUGGCGAUGGAAGGGACGAAGUGAUUCCUGUGUUUUCAGUCUUCCCUGGGACCAUCGAACUGAAGCCCCGUACGGCGUGCAUCUUCGUCUUUAAGGGGCUCUCCUCCACCGCUGGGCUCAUUCAAGAAGAGCUGGUGUGCGAAACGCGCGUUGGGAAGGAAAAGGCCAACAAAGUCGCGUUUGUGACCGCCAUUCGCGCAAACUUCGUGGAUCCAAAGCUCACUCCGUCAUCGUCGUUGCUGUCAUUCGAGUACAUCCACCAUCCAGGCAACCAAAUCACGACGCAGUCGCAGCCUCUGAGUCUAACAAACGUGUGUGAGCUGCCGUUGUCGUUCACACUUCGGACGCAAACUCCAUUCGCGCUAGACUGUUGGGAGGCAGUGCUACAACCGGGAGAAAAGGUCGAUCUGAAUGUGGAGUUCUAUCCAGGGUUCAAGGACGACUACACUUGUCGAGUGAUUAACGGCAAGGUGCUCGUGUCCUACACGGGCCACCCCCAGAAAGAUAGCGUCGAGUUGCUGGGGGACAUCAGCUUCCCCAACUUGUCCUUCGAGACCACCAAGAUUGACUUCGGCUGCACGCUGAACGACACGCAGAAGAGCAUCAGCCUGAACGUGACCAACGUGUCGAAGGUAGACACGAGUUUCCGGUGGGUCUUCAUCGAGGACGAGAAGGAGGCGCUAUCAACUGCGACGGCCAAGAAGCCCUACAUCCCCAUCAACCAAGUGUUCGACAUUCUGCCGAUUCGCGGACUACUGAAGCCGAGCGAAAGCGAGAAGAUCGAGUUCGUGUACUACGGACACGCCAACCGCAAGUUUAAGAGCACGGUGGCGUGUGAAGUCGAAGGCGGUCCCGAGUAUGAGCUGACGCUGUCAGGCGAGGCUUCAUCACUUGUGUACAAGCUGGACAAGCAGUCGCUGGACUUUGGGCAGGUUCUGUACAACAAGACUGAAGACCGAGACUUUUCCAUCCUGAACGUGGGCAAAGUGCCGUUUUCGUUCAACAUCAUCGUCGACCACAUCGCCUGCGGGAGGACACUGGAGAUCUCGCCAAUGAGCGGGAAGAUCGCCCCCAACGAGAAGCAGAGAAUCCUCGUCCGCUUGCGGCCAGGCAUCCCCGAGUAUUUCGAAGAGACGGUGAUGCUUGAGAUCGCGCACUUCCAGCCGAUACAGUUCAAGCUCGUUGGGAUUGGCACUUUUGCCGCAGUUUCGCUCAACCUGCCGCGUGAAAACCACCCUGCGAGUUUGAUUCGUGGCGAGGCACCGAAGUGGAAAGAGCUGAAGAAACGCGCCAAGCAGAACAUUGAACUGGGGAUGCUGAAUGCCGCAGCGUCAACGCUUUCGACCACCUACCGAGGAAACGAGAAAUAUACUUCAGUCACCUCCGUGCCAGCUUCACCCCAGGCUAAGGCGGUCGGUCAAAGGCUGGGAGCGCCAGGCAGCCCCGUCCGUGGUGGUGCUGCUGCUCUAGCGAUUGAUGAGUUGGACGUCGAGAUUGAAGCGUGCCGCUUGUUCUUCGCCGACCACUUACUCGUCCAAGAACAGAAGCGGGCGGACUCACGAGCUCUGAAGAGUGCUGAGCCAAGUAACGAGGAUCCGGCUAACCCCGCAGAGCCCGUCAAAGUUGUGACGAAGCCAGCGAGACCCGUGUCGUCUACUUCAGAGACCCGAGCUCAGAAGAAACGCGGGACGGAGGUGUUUCCGUUCAUUCUGUCGCAGUUCGUCUUGGACUUCGGGAACGUUGUGGUGGGGACGCACAAGAUCAAACGGUUUAGCGUCACCAACAUUGGCCACGGACCCGCUUCGUUCCAGCUCGACAAGAACCUGGCGAGCUCGCGUGGUUUCCAAAUUGAACCGGAGCGGGUCGUGCGGCUCCCCGAGAAGCAGUCUGUCGAGUUUACUGUCACGUUCCACGCUCGGAAGAACAUUGAGAUGGGUCUACACAUGGCCCAGCUGCCGAUUGUGAUCAAGAACGGACCUCCCUGUAUUGCGAUGGUCCGCGCUCUCGUCACAGUGCCAGACAUCUCCAUCUCGACAGAAAGCCUCGACUUUGGCAAAAUCGCAGUAAGUACCUGCCACACGAUGUUCACUCAGCUUCAGAAUGUGUCGGCGGUGCCAGCAGAGUGGGCGUUCAAGAAGCCUAUGGGCUCUACGAAAGACGUUGGCAACUUCCGCUUCACUCCGCAGAGCGGGUUGCUGACUCCCGGGGCAAAAGUCAACAUUCAGAUUGAGUUCGUGCCGGACGACGGGCGUCAGUUCAUGCUCAAGCUCCCGAUCAAGAUCAACUCAAACCCAAAGACGCGGUCGAUCGUGUGUCGUGGAGAAGGCUCGGAUUUACGCAUUUCCUUCUAUCCCCCGCUGGUUGAGCUGGGUCCCGUUCUUCCUUGCGCUCCGCCUGAGGAGCAGCUCGUGGAGAUACGCAACGACUCGGACUACGCAGUUGAGGUUUUCUCAUUGGACUUUGACUCGUCGUAUGAACAAGACGAGGCCUUAUUACGCUCCUUGUCGGCAUUUACUUCUGGAGAUACACUUCAACUUCCGAUUCGGGUUCCAGGUCAGUCAAUCACGGAGUAUCUAGCAGAUAACUGCUUGCUUCUUCCCCCACGCAAAGGAAUUGACUAUAUUGUGGUAGGCCCUCCGCGGUGCGGAAAGUCGACGCAGGCUCGUCUUCUCGCUGAGAAGGAGUCUCUGUCCGUCUGGACGAUUGACGGUGCGGUGAGAGCUGUAUGCGCCGCAGAAGGCCCCCUUGCGACUGCAGUGCGUAAAGCCUUGGGGCCUGAAUCUGUCAGUACCAAACUCGCUCGCGUUUUAGACCAGAUUUGCGUUUGGAGACUGGCCCAGCCCGAUCUGAAAGGCGGCAGUAUCCUGGAUGGGUUUGACAACUCGUUCUUGAGUUUCGAGCAAACGCUGAAGUGCUGCGCGAAGGUCUUUGCGACGGCCCGAAUCAUUUUGCUCGGGUUUGACGAGGAUUGUUACGAGUCAAUGUCCGCUCUGCUGACAAGUCAAGAAAUCAAACCGGGGGCUAUCGUUUCUGUUACUCCGUCCCCUUCAAGAGAUCGCUUGACGCCAAGCAGCUCAGGGAAUAUCAGGGAUAACAGCAACAAUUCGGAUGAGAACAAUCAGGAGAAUGCUGAUGAAAACAAGGUGCUGGAGCUGGCACGAUCACUAUCUGCAGAUGUACCGAGGCCUUCAACGUUUGCCGAGUAUACACAGGCGUUGGAGGCCAUGAAGCAUCAACUGGCCUUGUUUCUUCUUCGAGGUGACGAUAGUACGUCUCAACCUCCACAGACAAGCCCCGACAGUCCCAGCAAAGAAAAUAGUGCUGACGCUCUGUGGGCGCAAGUGAAAGACAGGACGACACCUGACAACUUCCUGCUGGAGAUUCCCAUCCUCGAAGUGGGGCCGCCUCUGCUCGUCCACAGCCUGAUCUUCUCUACGAUUGAAAAGUUCGUUCGGGAGCUGGAGGCCAGCCACCUCCCGAUCCCCAGCGCAGCCAAGUUCCAACUCGUUCGAAGGCCCCCCGAGAGGUUCACGCGGAAGCGCAUCGCUCGUUUCUCGUUGCGAUCGCCGUCGGUAUUAUCAGCCAGUGCCUCGGAGGCCAGCAGCGAGAAGAGUCUCCACCUGAGUAGUUCACACUCCCAAGUCCCAAGCAAGCACUCGUCCCGACCUCCCACUGCGGGUAAAGACCCCGAUCACCACCAGGCUUCACGGGAUUCCUCUUCUUCUUCUCCCGCUUGCCGCUGGGUCAUUGCGCCCCAUUCACGCGUGAACGUGCUAGUUCAGUUUGCCUCUGCUGACGUUGGCAACUUCGACUGUAGCAUGGGCUUCGAGAUCAGCCGCCCCGAGGGGGCCUUCGUGCAGAAGAAGUUCGUCAUGUCCAGGAACCAGUUCGAGUUCGGGCCGCUCAUUAUCGGGAACCAAGCGGCGAAGCCCCCAGAGACGGACUGGGAGUUCCUCGAGUGGCAGAAAUCGAGUCCCAACAACGUCGAGGUGUUCCGGAUGUCCAACAGCAGCAAAUUCCCCAUUUACCUUGAGCUUGGCCUGGAGAAGAAGGACGACAACGUCUUUGCUGUCUUCCCACCGACACUGGAGAUCAAGGAGGGCGACACGAAGGAAGUGAAGGUCUGGGCCAACCCCUCGGAGAACGGUCUCCAGGAGAACGCCCUCAUUUGCUGCAUCGGCGACAACCCUGAGCCUGUGGUGUUCCAGAUCAGUUGCUACGGGUGCAUCCCAGAGCUGAAGCUGCGUGGCCCAUGGGAACAGCCCGCAGCAGCGAGCACCUCCGAAAGGGACGACCAUCGACAGGCGCCGGACGUUGAGGAGGCUGGGGCUCCAGUAUCUGCUCGGUCUAGCGUCCCAGGGAGCGCCCCUGUCUCGUCUCGAUCGAAUGCGCCGCCUGUGGAGCAACCCACUGCCCCCUCUCACUCACCCGAUCAACCGCUGUUGGACUUUGAGCAGCUUCUGCUCAAGCGCCAGGACGAGAAGACCUUCUACAUCGAGAACUUGUCGCCUGUGGCUGUGUGUUGGCGGCUGCUGGGCGAGGACUUGCCCGCCGAUUUCCGGAUUUUCCCAGUCGAAGGCACCAUCAAGCCUCUGCAGAAGGUCCCAGUGAUCGUCGUCUUCUCCGCGACGACUGAGGCAGUCCACCAGUUCCCGCUUCGCAUCGAGUUCUCGGACGCUGAGAGCGCCCUCCGAGUGAGCGACCGCAACCGACUGCUGGAGCUGACGCUGUGUGGAGAGGCCUACAAGAUCGACGUGAGCUCAUUCGAUAGCGGGGCGGGUGAAGUGCCGAGCCAAGCGGCGGCUGGGGCUGCGCUCAGCACCGGCGCUCGCCCUGUCGGAGGAGACGGGAGUCUGGACUUCGGUCUCGUUCGCGUCGGAGAAAAGCACUCGCGGUCGUUCAACAUUCGCAACCGAGGCAAGUACAACGUCAAGUACAUCAUCGCCAUACGAAGUGCUGCCACGCGCGAGUACUUCACCAUCGACCCGAGUGAGAUGGUACUGGAGCCAGGGCAGUCGUCGUCGGUCAACGUCACGUUCACGUCCAAGAGCGAAGUGACGCUCCGGGACUGCAAGGACAUCAAGUGCACCAUCAUCGAGAUGCUGUCGGGGGAGGCGUGCCGAGAGUUUUACGUGUACACGAGCGCUCGCUCCGUCUUCAGCAAGUUCCGACUGCAGCCGAAUCGAGGCAUCAACUUUGGGCCGCACAAGUACAGCGAUCAGGCCCAGACCAAGCGAAUCGAGAUCCGAAAUGACGGCGAGUUCCCCUUCAAGUUCCGCGUCCAGGGGUCACGACCAGCGAGUGCGAGCGAGAAGCAAGAAACGUUGAUGAUAGACACGCCCAUUGCUCCGUCCACACUAACCUUGGGCCAGUUCGCAAUUACGCCGGACUGCGGGACGGUUGACCCUGGCGUUACCGCGGGACUGGACGUGGUGUUCCAGCCGAAGGACUGCGCCGUGUACAGCGAGACGCUCCGCAUCGAGAUCUCAGGGCGCAACACGGACGAUGCAGCGGAAACGGGCAUGCUCUUGUACGAGCUGGUGGGCGAGAGCUGCUACCCAGGCAUCAACACCACCGACUAUGAGAGCAUCUUCGAGGAGCAAACCGUGGUGCGCUCUCUAGGCGUGGAGUCGGCUAUGCCGUCCUCAACUCUGCGCAGUGGGGCCUUCCCAGGCAGCAUCCAGGCCGUCACGUUCGCGGAGAAGGAGAAGGUAUUCUCCUUUGGGCCUCUAAUCGCUGCGGCAAACUGGAAGGGGACGGUGGAGCGCUUCAAGAUCUCCAACCUGAUGAAGGUGAGCUGCACGGUGCAAUUCUCUAUUGUAACAGGUCUUAGUAGCUCUGGGGAGGAAGAAUCCGAGGAGGGGUCGCAGGCGUUCACGGUGCAACCGGCGGUAUGGGAGAUUCCUCCUCUCGAGCACCGCUUCGUGAGUGUCUACUUCCGUCCAACUACUAUUGCGUUGUUCCACGCCACCUUCAGAGCGAAAGUCGACGACAGUCCUCAUCAAAGCAACGUGGCCGAUCGACUUUUGGAGUUCGAGAUGCGCGGGGAAGGAACGAUGCCCUGUGUCACUGUGACGGAGCCCACAAGCAGGGAAUCGACUGGUGCGUUGGUGGUGGAUUUUGGUCGAGUGCGGACCUCGAAGGCCAAGGACAUGCGAUUGGCGCUGCGCAAUGACGGGAUUCUCCCCGCGACCGUGCUCUUUUCCAUCCAGACGAACCCCAACUUCCUCUUCGCGCUGGGCAAUGGCUCCGUGGUGGUGCCGCCUAAAGCUACCGAGACGCUGACCUUGCAGUUCCGACCUCAAAAGGUUCACGACGAACCAACGACCUCGCAACUGAAGCUCACUGUGCAGAACAACCCGUUCGAAGAGACCACGUUCAAGUUGUUUGGGACUGGGUACCGGGAAGAUCUGGUGUUUGAGGACUUGCCUCGAGGACACGAUGCUGAGUUGUACUUUGACGAUAUUCGCCUUCCUGAUCCCAGUUCCUCUGACGACACCAAGGAGGAAUCCGCACCAUUGAAUGACUCGGCUCUUGUGGUGAAAGACACGAAAGUGUUUUCGCUCUGCAACCAGUCGUCGGACAUCGUGCGGUUCGAGUGGCCCAAAGCGGAUCCAUUCCACUUUUCCCCCGGCAUUGGGCACCUUAAGCCGAAAGCUCACAAACUCAUCAGAGCGACAUUUGAGCCCGGACUGGACGGGGAGAAGGCGAUCAUCUUUCAAGCUCAUCGCAUCGGGCUGCAGGCUCAACGGAUCUCGUACAAGGGCAGCUCUGCCAGUCAAAGUCAAAGUGACGAAAGUGGUUGGGACGAGUCGAUUCAGACGAUCUCGUUCGAUGGAAAACCGGGAGCUGUCAGCGUUUCCAAGCAGGCCAUAGCGGAGCCCGAGUUCGACACUAUUGGAACUCCAGCGACCAUUGCGCUGAGCUGCUUCGCCGCUGCAGACGUGCUGUUUUUUGAGUGCGACACGACGUCGAUCGCCUUUCGGAAGACCUUCAUGCUGCAGGUGUGCACCCACCGAAUCACAGUGCACAACAAGAGCAAGAUCAAGUUGGUGUACUCGUGGAGGUGGGAGGAGGGACAUCCAGGCCAGUCCGACGCAGUCGGCUAUCCCCCGAUCUACGCAGGAAUAGACGACAACUGCCCGUUUGUAGUGACCCCUGAAAGCGGCGUCAUUGAAGGGGAGGAAAGUCAAGCCUUCACCAUCAAGUUCGCGCCCAUGGAGGUGGAUGAGUACUUCUACUGGCUGUGCUUCGAUGUCCCAGACGCACUAGGGGACAAGUCUACAGCGCUGAAAGUGGACGUCCGUGGGGGUUCUCUGCGUCCUGCCUGCCACUUCGACGUCAAGAGGAGCGACUACGCCCAGUGGCGAGCGCCGAACCUUGCUGGGCCCCAUGGUGAACUCGGACCGCUGGAUCCGUCAGUGAAGGUGAUUGAGAUGGAGUCUCUGGGUGUUCGCGUGCGCAACACGCGUCGAUUCUACGUCGUGAACCCGACCAACGUGUCGUACGAGUUCUCGUGGAUGCCCCAGGGAGAGACCAAUCCGUGUUUCAGAUGUGCGACUCCCAAGGGCCUCAUGCUGGCCGGCAAGCGGUGUGAGAUGAUCUUCGAGUUCACUCCACAGCAAUUGGAGCUUCAGGAAAUGUUCUGGUUCUUCAAAAUCCCCCACUUCCAAGUCAACCAGCUCUUUCUGUUCGUCGGAACAACCACGGAGCCUCGCGUGGCGCUGGAUCGUGGCAGUGUAAACUUCAACACGCUGCUGAUUGGAACGAAGACGUCCCAGAGCAUCGCGCUGGUGAACCAGGAGCACAUUCCCUUCAACUUUGUGUUUGACAAGACGUCGCUGGACUUCGCUGGGGAAGUCCCCGCUCUGAUCGUCCACCCGCUGAGCGGGGUGAUCCCACCCAACAGCCGAACGUCGAUCGAGAUCGAAUUCAUCCCGACGGAGGAAAAGUCCUACAGCUUCAACCUGAACUGCAUCAUCAAGCGCAAGCCCACGCGUUUGUCUCUGAAUGUCAAGGGGGAGGGCUACAGCAUCCACGACGCGCUAACGCUGGCGUCCGACGAUCACAACGAGAGUCGGGCGCUGCUCCCUGGACCUGGCAACGUGUUAGACUUUGGGGCUGUGCGAGUGAACGAGGAAGCGCACCGCUCCGUCGUGAUCCACAACAGCGGUAAGUUCAACUUCGACUUCAACUGGAGCGUGGCCAAGCAGCCCGCAGCCUUCAGCAUUGAGCCCAUGCAGGGGACGAUCAAGAAGAACGACAAAGCCACCUGCCGACUCGUUUUCGCCCCGACCAAGCAGACGUCUGUGGACGGGACGCAGGCGACGUGCACCGUCGCGGGCUCUCGCAACUACGUGGUGGCGCUACAGGGCAACGCGGUGCCUCCGAUGCUGCAGUUCUCCUUCACAUCUCACGACUUUGGGCCGUGCUUCAUCGCAGAGAACGACUCGGCCCCCAUGGCGGAGGUCACGACACUCACCGUCUUCAACAUGGACCCGGAGAGCGGCAUUGACCUCGACUGCUUGUUCGAGAAGAAGCCGCAUCUGCGCGUCGAGUGUCCCCCGACUGUGCUGGGGCCGCGCGAGACGAUCAACAUCCCAAUCGUGUUCACUGCGCGGCAGGAGGUGGCGUACCUUGAAGUGGUUCCGUUCACCAUCAACGGCUCGUCCACAGUCAACGUGAGUAUCCGUGGAGAGGGCGUCUACCCCAAGGUUGAGCUCGUCAACUCGUCCAUGCAGAUGGUCGUUCUCGGGAACCUGCAGAUCGGGCAGCAAGCCUCGCGGACGGCCAAGAUCGCGAACCGGUCCAAGCGGAAGACGGUGGUCGAGUGUGUGGACUCCCCACAGCCGGGGGUUCCAUCGCUCGAGGCCCUGGGCAUCUCCAUCUUCCCUCAGCACGAACUCUCGCUCCGAGCGAAGGAAAGCGCCGACAUCGAGUUCCGAUUCGCCCCAACGCAGCGGAUCCCGAGCUUCCAAAAGGACGUCUUCAUCCGUGUGGAUAGCAGCGUCAAGAAGCUGCUGACGCUGUCGGGCUGCUGCCAGGGCAUCGAGGUGGGGCUGGAGACCGACACCCUCUCGUAUGGAGCGGUCUGCUUAGGCAGCCAGCUCGUGAGGAAGGUGCGCCUGCAGAACCGCGGCGAUGUCGCCACCAAGUUCCAGUGGAGCGUCCGCGAGUUCGCCCCCGACUUCCUCGUGUCGCCCGUGGAAGGCAUGGUGGCGCCGAACCAGCACAAGACCAUCGAGGUGACCUUCAAGCCGGCAGCAGUGAACCCAGACAUACGCUAUGAGCGAGUGACGUGCAUGAUAGAUGGGACUGUCCCCGCUACGCUGACGCUGGUGGGCUCGUGUGUGCCCCAGGCGACGUCUUCGAUCCAAGACGUCCACUUUGACUCCGCCGUCCGACAGGAAUCGCACAAGGCGAUUGCGAUCGAGAACGCGACGGCCUUCCCGUGGAACCUCUUCCCAGUCGUGCAGGGCGACCACUGGUCCUGCCCCGAGAAUGUGCUGGUACCAGCCCACGGCAAGGCCAACCUGGACGUGCUGUACCUGCCCCUGACCAUGACGAAGCAGAACUCGCAGGAAGAAAUUGACUCGCAACGUCCUUCGAUCCACAAGGGCUCGAUCUUCCUGGCCAUUCCCGACGGAAGUGCUCUACUGUACAAUGUGCUGGGUAAGGCCUCAGCGCCACUGCCCGCUCCCGCCAUCUCCCUCUCCACUGCAGCGAAGAAGACGCUGUCGAUCUCCGUCCCGAUCAAGAACUGGCUCAAGACCCCUCAAACGUUUGCUGUGGACAUCCAGAAACCUCCAGGACUCGAGUCGGUUGUGGUACAGGGGCCAUCCUCCAUUCUGCUGCAUGCUGGAGUGACUCGCAACUACAACAUGAAGUUCUUCUGCUACACUGAAGGGACUGUGGAUUUGGCUCUACGGUUCGUGAACCAAGAGAGCGGUGAAUACCUGGCACAAGACGUUCGCGUAGCGGUGGCCAAGGCUGUGGAUGUGGACACGCUCUACUUCGAUGCCCCUGUGCGGCAGUCGGUCAAGAAGACCGUUUCCAUCGAGAACCCCUUCGAGCGCCAGCGCCAGAUCAACUUCUUGGACAAAGUCCACUGGUGGAAGUGCUCGAGUCCGUCGAUCCGCGUGCGUCAGAUCAAUGAGAUCAGCGGCCGCUCGGAAGGCUCGUACGAGAUUGAGUACCGGCCGACACUGCACUCGGAGACGCCCAUCGAGGACCGACUGACGAUCAGCUUCGUGGAGCUGGGCGAGUACACGUACAACCUGGUGCUGAGCACCCAAUCCGUUGGACCCGAGCGCAUCUUGUACUUCAAGGCCCCACUCGGCGGCUCUCAAACCCAGACGUUCAGCUUCACGAGUUACGCCGAGACGGCAACGGAGCUGUCGUGCUCCGUCCAGGACCCAACGUCGUUCUCCGUGCCAACGAGUUGCAAGGUGGAGGGGUCGCCGUCCUGGGAGGGGAAGCAGGAGUCGAUCCUCAUCAAGUUCGAGCCUGAAGCUAUCGGCGAGUUCCGAGACACGCUUACGCUCUAUUCGGACAGCGUUGGCGAGUACAAGUGCACACUGCAAGGAAUGUCAGUGCCGCCGCUGCCUCAAGGUCCUUUCGUCUUCUCGGCGUCGAAGGACAUUGAGUUCAAGAACGUCUUCUCGACGCCCAAGGACUUUGAGAUCAUGGUGGACAACCCUCGCUUCGUGGUGUCGACGGCCUCGUUGUCCAUCCCUGCAAAGUCCUCUCGAGCUAUUACAGUGAAGAUCGACCAGCCGGCGCCUUCCUCUGCGAGAGGCGAAAAGUUGACGACGCAAGGAGGCGCGAGUGAGACUGGCAAGCUCUUCGUGUCUUGUCCGCAGCUGAAAGAGCUCCCUCCGUGGGUCUACUAUCUGGAGGCGACAACACCAUGA